AGUCGACCGCAGUGUAUCUCCGAUUUCAUAGAAUGUCUGCUCGAUUAGACGAACGUUCGCGACGCUCUCGCUCAGUAAGCCGAUCUCGCAGCCCGUCACAUUCUGUCAGCCGAUCACGCUCGCGUUCUCGUGGAAGAUCCACUCACAGCAACAACUGGAUCUCAGUAACCAAUCUGACACGAAAUGUCACCUUGGAUCAUGUCAAAGAGAUCUUUGCGCAAUACGGAGAGAUUGUGUCCACGGAUUUUCCUUUCAACAGUAAAUUACAAAGUAACCGAGGCGUGUCAUAUAUCGAAUAUGCUAAUCGUUCAGAUGCGGAGAAAGCAAUUGCCCACAUGGAUAAUGGCCAAUUGGAUGGAAAAAUCCUAGUUUGCGUAUUUGGUGAGCCUCCGCGUCGUCGAUCUCCAACACCUCCACCGGCACGUCGUAGACGUAUGUAUUCAAUGGCCAAUGUCUUUCACGUUCACUUCGUAGUAUGUGUUGGCUAAUCUCAUCGCGUCCUUUUUUUUUUUUUGGUAGCAUCAGGAAGGUUUUCACCACCGCCAUUUAGACGAGGACCUGCCCAACCCGAAAGAUAUCGCGGCCGCCCAGCCGAUAACUAUAGAGGACGACGAUACUCGCGUUCUCGAUCCAGGUCGCCGCCACCCCGACGUGGUCGUCGCU